AUGUUCUCCCAUGAAGAAAAGUGUGAUAUGUUAGAAUGCUAUUUAGUGUGCAGAAAAUCCUCCUUGAGAGCAAGAGAAUACUACAGUGAAUUAUAUCCCGCUCGCAUUCAACCGUAUGAACGAUAUUUUCUGAGACUUUAUCGAAAAUUUAGGGGCAACGAAAAUGUUUUUGCUAAAACAAGGGCAAAAAAAGAAUUCAUAAUAAGCGAGGCCACGGAAAUUGCAGUUAUUGGAUAUUUUGAAGCUUAUCGUGAGAAUUCAAUAGCAGAUAUUCUCAAGGACUCUAAUUUCAGUUAUGGUACUGUUCAAAGGAUUUUAAAAAAAUACAAAUUUAUUCCGUAUAAGUACCGACCAGUUCAAACGCUUUUGGCAGGGGAUCCAGAGAGAAGACUUGUUUUUUGCCAUUGGUAUCUUAGCUUCUGUCGCCAAAAUGUAAAUAACUUUCGUUACCUUUUAUGGACAGAUGAAUCAAAUUUUUCAAAUUCUGGAAUGUUUAAUAGAAAAAACCACCAUUAUUGGUCAAGAGAAAAUCUUUUGUUAGUACAUCCAAGAGGCCCACAAGUCCGUUUCAGUUUCAACGUUUGGUGCGGUAUAAUUGGUUCAAAAAUUGUUGGCCCGUUCUUUUAUGAGGGAACCCUAACUGGUGAAAGAUAUGUGGAAUUUAUGUCAGAAAUUCUGACUAAUUUCUUAGACGAAUUGGAUCUUAUAAGUAGACAUCAUCUGCAUUUUCAGCAAGAUGGCGCACCUGCCCACAACUCCAGAGGUACUUAUCAUUUUCUAAGUACUACUUUUAAUGAUCAGUGGAUAGGAACAAAUGGCCCAAUACAGUGGCCUCCCAGAUCACCAGAUCUAAACCCACUUGAUUACUUCUUGUGGGGUUACUUAAAGAACCAAAUUUACAAGCGAAGGUACGAUAACCUUGACGCGUUAAAGACUGCAGUUAGGGAAAAGAUAACCCAGAUAGAUGGUAGGACCAUACUUAAGACAGUUCGAGCAGUUGAAAAACGUGCCCAAAAAUGUAUUGAAGAACAAGUCAUCACCGAGCUUCGAAAAAUUAACCCCGAAAGAAGAAUCAUCCUCCACCAAGACAAUGCAAGCUCGCACACAGCCCAAAAAACAAAACAGUAUUUAACGGAAGAAAACGUGGAAUUAUUAGACCAUCCUCCAUAUAGUCCCGAUCUAAGUCCUAACGAUUUCUUUACUUUCCGAAAUUUAAAAACAGACUGCGGGUGGAAUAAGUGCUUCGAAAAUUGGCUCGAGCGCAUGCAGAUGUGCCAAAGAAAAGCCACUAUUAACUCCACUGCAAAAAAAAAUCGGCUUAGAUGGGCUAAAGAACAUAGACAAUGGACACCUCAACAAUGGUGUGCAAUACAAUGGAGUGAUGAGGCCCGAUUCGAAGUUAUGGUCUGGGGCAGUAUGUCAUCAAAAGAAGUAGGAAAACUUCAUUUUAUUGAUGGAAAUGUGGAUACAAACAAAUAUUUGGCAAUUUUAGAAGAAUCGCUUUUACCAGUGAUGGACGAAUGUUUGACAUCCGGCCAAGAUUUUGUGUUUCAGCAAGAUGGUGCAGCGUGCCAUACCUCAAAAAAGGCUAUAAAAUGGAUGGAAAAAAAUAAUGUACCACUUUUGAAAUGGGUUUCUAGCAGUCCAGAUCUGUCACCUAUUGAAACUUUGUGGCACGAGAUGAAAAAGGUUCUACGACAACAUCCUGCUCGUACAAUCACCAAACUGAGACAAAAGCUUCAAUAA